UGGCAGUCGAGCCUGAAGUGCUCCAGGCACUUUUCAUCAGUAAUAUAUAGAUAUCGACCUCAAUCCAGAUGCAGCCAGAAUAUGAAGGCCCAAGCAUUGAGCAGUUUUACAUCUCUCCCAGCCCAACAAAGCAUCCUAGCUGGCCAGACACUCUACAGCAAGGACGACUUCAAAGUCAAUGGGACCGCACUUCCAGAAGUGAACUUUGACGUGGGUACCAGCUAUGCAGGUCUGCUACCGAUCUCCGCCGAUGCAAACAGCAGUGAGCUCUUCUUCUGGUACUUCCCUCGGCAAGAUGCCCAGCCUAGCGAAGAGAUCUUGAUCUGGCUCAACGGUGGCCCAGGAUGUUCCAGUUUAGAGGGAUUUCUGCAAGAAAAUGGACCGAUUUCGUGGAUAGCUGGCACAGCUGAACCAGUGAGAAACUCAUGGUCCUGGACAAACCUGACAGAUGUCGUUUGGAUCGAGCAACCCCAAGGCGUCGGCUUUUCGCCAGUCAAAGCCACGCCGCCACCUCCAAAGAAUGAAGAAGAAGUGGCAGAGCAGUUUCUCGGAUUCUGGAAGCAUUUCGUAGACACGUUUGAGCUACGAGGAAAGAAGAUAUACAUUGCCGGCGAGUCCUACGCUGGUUACUAUGUCUCAUAUAUUGCUGAUGCCAUGUACAAUCGGAGCGACUCGGAGAAUUUCAAUGUCGAUGGCAUAUUACUUUACGAUGCAGCGCUUUCCACAAAAACCUUUGGCCGAGAGACUCCAUUGCUUCCAUUCGUGGAGUAUUGGCAAGGUCUUUUCAACUUGAAUCGAACAUUCAUGAAUGAUACACGCCAGAGAUGGAAGAAGUGCAAAUAUGACGAAUUGUUGCAAGCAGCGUUCACAUUUCCGCCCAAAGGACCGAUCCCACCUCUCUUCGAAGACCACGAGCACCCGCCAAAGGAAUGCGAAUUAUGGGACGACGUUCUCGAUGCAGCAACCCUGGUCAAUCCUUGCUUCAGCAUGUACCACAUCUCAAACUUCUGCCCAUUCCCUCAGGACGUCAUGGGCCUUCUUUCUGCGCCAAAGUCCGGGCUCUACUUCAAUCGCACGGACGUGCAGAAAGUGAUUCAUGCUCCGAUAGGAGGAUGGGAGCUUUGCAACCACAACUUACUCCAAAACGACACAUCACCCCCUAUCGUGGAGGGAGUCCUACGCAGAGUCAUAGAGAAAAGCUCACGCACAAUUUUCGCGAAUGGAAUGCUAGAUUUUGUGCCUAUUGUCAACGGAUCUAUCGCGGCAAUCCAGAACAUGACCUGGCUUGGAGCCCAAGGCUUUAGUGUUGGACCUGAUCAGUGGGAGGAAGUUUUCGUGCCAUAUUCUGAAGAUAGCACGGCCGGAGGUGGAAUCCUCGGAUCAUGGCACACUGAAAGGAAGUUUACUUUUGUCAUUGUAGCUCAGGCUGGACACAUGUCGCCUCAAUAUCAGCCUUCUGCGAGUUAUCGACAUGUGGAGUAUUUACUUGGACGGAUUGAUUCUUUGGGAGUAUAGAUCGAUGUUCAUACCAGAAUAGCAUGGUACGUAAAACGACUUCCAGGUCGUUAAGCUCUGUGAAAGGUCCUUGUCGUGGGAAAUGCAAUCGAAGUCCAGUCGAGGUCGUGAACCGUUAACGUGCAUUGAAGUUCUUCGUCAUCGUCUCGAAUUCCCUGCUUCUUUCUUGUAAGGGCGAUAUGCAGUACUCGUAUUCGCGUCCUAGCAUCUUUCAUGACCGGCCGAUGCUCCGGACUAUCCUGCCCGCCAGCCGUAAUAUCAAGGAAGGUUUGUUGCGAAAGGAGAGACUGUGCCUAAGAUAACGAUUACAACUGCCAACAGCUUCUCCGCCUCGUUUGUGUAACCACGCUGACUGCAGUCCCUCUGCCUCGCUCUCCUGGCCUUUCAGACACGCCAAAAGCAAGAAUGCGAUUACACUGCAGUGCGAAGAAGAGGAAUCAGGCAUUUUUUUGCAUAUGUCCUGUCGCACGGUGGCCGCAUGGUCCCUUGAUUUUCCACUGCUAAGCGGCGCCGAUGCACGCCAUUCUUCAUCGCGGGCUCAGAAGUGUUCCUCUCGCGCCUCUCAAAGCAGCAAAUGAC